CCCACCAAGUAAAUUCACUCGCCUUCAUCUUUCCCAUACACAUCCAAUUCCUUCAUUUCUUUUCUCCAGUCAGCCAUGGGCGGCGAGCCCGAGCAAGCCCAGCCCCUAGCCCCAACUUCGGCCGCCGGGUCCGAUGAGGGAGCUCGCCGGAGAAGAAUGAAAUGGUGUGGAUGUAUAUCACUCUCUCUUCUACUUCUAGUUGUAGUUAUCAUCAUCAUCUUAAUAUUUACAGUGUUCAAGGUCAAAGAUCCCAAGGUAACGAUGAAUCAGGUGAAAGUCACAAAUCUGGAUCUCAAGGUCGAUGCAGUCCCUCGGCUUCAAAUUAGGGGUAAUAUGACUCUCGCGGUGGCCAUGUCGAUCAAAAAUCCUAAUGCGGUGUCCUUUAGGUUCGACAACACCACCACCACCAUAGACUACCACGGCACUACGGUGGCGGAGGCGUAUGGGCCGGCGGGCCGGGCGAAGGCACGGAGCACGUUCCCGAUGAACCUCACGGUAGACGUCAUGGCGGACCGCCUGAUGAGAAGCUCGGACCUCUUCACGGAUAUCACCGGCGCCGGCGAGAUGAACAUGACGAGCUACUCGAUUGUUCCGGGAAGGGUGAAUAUUUGGAACAUCGUGAAGAAACACGUGGAAGUGAGGAUGAAUUGCUCUUUGACUAUUGAUAUUAAUGGCCAAUCGGUCAAGGAUAUGAAUUGCAAACGUCAGGUUAAACUUUAGGUAAGGUUUUUUUUUUUUUUUUGGUAACGUUACUUUUCAAUUUUUAAUCGGGAUUGUGUCUUACUUUGAUGGGGAUUAUUGUAUCUGUAUGGUUAUUUUUGUAGCGCAGAGAGAUUUAUGUGGCUGUAAUUUUUAUUAUGGGUAGAUAAAUAACAGCUAGUUCUGUUUCAAACUCUCAAUCUUUUCACUCUUUUUAAUGUCCAUAAAUAUUCCA